AGCAGCCCGUGCCGCGGGCUCCGGAGGGGACGGACGGUCUGGAGCCACCAGACCGCGGGAGAGGCGACGCCGGCGGCUCCGGGGGCUGCAGCCGUGCCCGGCCGGACGCUGUGUCGCCGGGGCCGCCUCCCGAAAGAGGGGUCCAGGGGCACGGCCGCGCCCGCUGAAGAGGAGGGAGCGCUCGCCCACACCGCGCUGAGGAAGUGGCCGCCGCUACGAGCGAAAACGAGGAAGCGGCGGAUCCGGCGGCGCUGAGAGGGUCCAGCCCCGCUCCCGGCCGCACCCCGGCUCGGCUCGGCACGGCACGGCUCGGCACGGCCGCCCGAGGGCUGCCUCCCUGCUGGCGGCGGGACAAGCGGUGGAGCCCAGUGACCCCAGGCAGCGUAUUCCAGCUUUGCUGCUUGGAAAAGAAAAGCCAUGGCUUCCGGCACAUCAAACCCUGCUAACCACUUGCCAUAUUUCUUCGGUAAUAUCACRCGUGAAGAUGCCGAGGAGUAUCUGAUGCAAGGAGGAGCAAGUGAUGGACUCUAYUUGCUCCGCCAAAGCCGAAAUUACCUGGGGGGCUUUGCCUUAUCCUUGGCCCAUGGAAGGAAGGUUCAUCACUAUACAAUUGAGAGGGAGCUGAGUGGCUCCUAUGCUAUUGCGGGAGGCAAGUCGCAUGCCAGUCCUGCUGAACUCAUUAAAUAUCACUCAGAGGAAGCGGAUGGCCUUAUCUGUCUGCUGAGAAAACCUUUCAACCGACCACCAGGCGUUGAACCCAAAACAGGACCUUUUGAAGAUUUGAAAGAGAACCUCAUCAGAGAGUAUGUCAAGCAAACUUGGAAUUUGCAGGGGCACGCUCUUGAACAAGCCAUCAUUAGUCAGAAGCCUCAACUGGAGAAGCUGAUUGCCACUACAGCCCACGAGAAGAUGCCGUGGUUCCAUGGGAGGAUCUCUCGGGAGGAGUCAGAGCACCGUAUCCUCAUUGGAUCGAGGAACAAUGGAACRUUUCUUAUCCGAGAAAGGGACAGCAAUGGUUCCUAUGCCUUGUGCCUACUGAAUGAUGGAAAAGUUCUGCACUAUCGUAUUGACAGAGAUAAGACAGGAAAGCUCUCCAUACCGGAUGGGAAAAGAUUUGACACCCUGUGGCAGUUAGUUGAGCACUACUCAUACAAACCKGAUGGAUUAUUAAGGGUUCUUACUAUUCCUUGUCCACAACAUGGCUCAGAAAAUGAUAAUUUUGGUUUUAAUACUCAUCCUUCUUCGGGAACGCUUCCUAAGAGUUGGGCAGGAGGUGGAAUUAUCUCAAGAAUCAAAUCGUACACCUUUCCAAAGGGUGGCAGCAAAAAGCUUCACUCAACUAUUGGCCACCCACCAGAAGAAGCACCUUUUAAUCCUUAUGUGCUGCAAAGGAACAGAGGUCUUACAGGAGCAGAAAGAGGUGAUCAGAGAGAGGCCUUACCCAUGGACACUGAGGUCUAUGAAAGUCCUUAUGCCGAUCCAGAUGAAAUUAAACCAAAAAAUGUCACUCUUGACAGGAAGUUGUUAACUUUGGAGGAAGGUGAACUUGGCUCUGGCAACUUUGGUACUGUAAAGAAAGGCUUUUAUAAGAUGAAAAAGGGUGCMAAGCCAGUGGCUGUAAAAAUUUUGAAGAAUGAGAGUAAUGAUCCAGCCAUAAAGGAUGAAUUACUGAGAGAAGCAAAUGUAAUGCAGCAACUGGACAAUCCAUAUAUUGUCCGAAUGAUAGGUAUAUGUGAAGCUGAGGCCUGGAUGUUAGUAAUGGAAAUGGCUGAACUUGGGCCAUUGAACAGAUUUUUGCAAAAAAAUAGACAUGUCACAGAGAAGAAUAUAACWGAGCUGGUACAUCAGGUUUCCAUGGGGAUGAAAUACCUGGAGGAGAAUAACUUUGUUCAUAGGGAUCUGGCUGCAAGAAAUGUGCUAUUAGUCACCCAACAUUAUGCCAAAAUUAGUGACUUUGGACUUUCUAAAGCUCUUAGUGCUGAUGAAAAUUACUACAAGGCACAAAGUCAUGGAAAAUGGCCAGUCAAAUGGUAUGCUCCGGAAUGCAUGAAUUUCUACAAAUUUUCUAGCAAAAGUGAUGUCUGGAGCUUUGGGGUUUUGAUGUGGGAAGCUUUCUCUUAUGGACAAAAACCGUAUAAGGGAAUGAAAGGUGGUGAAGUUGCACAGAUGAUUGAAAGAGGAGAACGAAUGGAACGUCCUGAAAUCUGUCCAAUGGAAGUCUACAGUCUAAUGAAAUUGUGUUGGACAUACAACGUUGAUGACCGACCAGGAUUCGUUGCAGUCGAGAUGAGAUUACGUAACUACUAUUACGACAUUUCCCACUAACGCCGUGAAGAACAGCAGCUUCCUUGUCUCCAGACAGAACCCUCUGAGAAGCCGUUUAUUUUCCAAAACCAAGCAAACUCGAUUUUUGUACUUCCAUUUUCAACCUGCAAAGCUCAGAGCUGAGCCUGGUCUCUGUAAUGUUGCCUUUUCUCGCCUUCUGCACAAAAUCCAGCCCCAAAAGAAUAUUGGAAGUGUAAUGGUCUCAAAGUGAGCAGCAAGGAUGCCAGAGCAGAUGCUUAUAAUUUUGCUACAUUCCAUUCCAAAAUUUUAUUUGCAGCUUUAUUUACAUUACAUUUUGCCUUCCUGUAAAACCUGUUUAAUGACUUUGAGCCCUAUUUCUCUCCUGUAUUGGAAUGCAGAUUGAAAUUUGGAUUCCUCUCACUAAUAUUAUAAGCUUUUAUAUGUAUAGAACUGUUCCAGCCUUCUCUCUCCUCAAGGAAGAGUAGCAUAAACAUUUCUCUCUGUGAAGCAAAUUCACUGUGUAUGUGUGUCAGUCACUUUGACUGACUGUAUUUGAUUUUAUCACCAAGCCCCUUUAAAAUCAAAUCACAUUCUUCUUUAAAGUAAAAUAGGCAGAGGGGAAUUGGGAUUUUUAACUUUCUAAACAUCAUGUCCUUUAAAUGUGACCAUCUGCCUUUGUUCCUUAUCUCAUGUGUGGAGCACCACUGUUCCUCAGGGAGCUGUGUUUUUUCCCGAUGAAAACUGGGAAACUCAGGGGCUUUCUCUUGUCUUGGAAGAAAACGUACCAGCACCUAAGACAAUUCUGGAUUUUAACAUAAACUCCAACACUGCAUUUCUGAAAACACACCUGUGAUGGAGCAGCACUUUCCUUUCCUUCUGCUCCUUCAUCCUUCUCCAGAUGUAUCUUUUCCUUGUCUCUAUUUGGGUGUACCACAGCACCUUGGGUUGUGUUGUGCAGUCAUUUCCAUUUGUUCUUCAAACCUUUCCUUAAAAGCAGCUGUGAGAAUUUCACCACAGCAUUUUCACCUCUACAGUUAAAUUUCACCUCUAGUUGAAAUAUUUUACAAUGGGCAUAUGGACAACAAGACYACUUUUGUCUGCUCCAAAAUCUUAGUAUUAGUUCUGUUAUCAGUCCCUGUGGGUAUCUCAGGAAAAGGCAUUUCUCUUAUCACUCUUCUGUAAUGCAGCGUGCAUCUCCAUUAAAUUGGAAGUGAAGGAGUAGUAAUAACAAAUACUGUAAUCAACUUCUGAUUCUGUUGUUUCUACCUUUGUGCUUUGCUUGCCCAGUCUCAUUUUAAAUAUUAUCAAUAUCAACAUUUCUAUCACUCAUUACUCGCAAGCAGCUACUUUAUUGUGAUUUGCAUAAAUCUCAGGAGUCUACAUACAGUGAGUCUGUUAGAUAUAGAGAUUUUAGAAGAUUAUAAGAAUAAGAYUUAGAGUUAGAUAUAUUUAUUGCAUAUGGCUGGUUAGAAUAUUUGUGUUUAAUUUUUGUGUGAACAGGGUAUUCUUAGACAUGCAGUGGUAUUUUUUUCUCUAUCAAAGACAUUGUGUGAGCAAUUAAAAUGAGAAAGUGUGAAAUCAUUUUCAUAAAAGACAGGACUAUAAAUAAAUGUGGAAGCUACUGUAUUUUUUUUUCUUAUUAUUAAGUUUAUGGUCUAUUUGUAAAAUAAUUCCUGAUGACUUUUGGUAGUUUAGUCUUGGCUGUCCAGUACAAGGCUCUUUAAAAAUCACAGGCUACUGAAAGAUACUGCGUGCAAUAGACCAUGUUUCAAAUAUGACCAGACGUGACUUACCUUGAAGAUGACAUUUUUUUUGUUUUGUUUUUAAGAAACGUUUUUCUACAAGACCAGCUUUUGUGGAAGUUAGCCAUAGUUUGUCACUUUCAUUAUGUUGCUGAGAAUUUUGUUAUCUCUCCUUGUGCAAUUAGUACAUUUAUGGGGAUAUUAGUUAUAAACAAAUUGCACAAAUCUCUGUGAACCAGCAAGUGACAGUACUCAAUUUCCCAGAAUGAGAGAUAUACUCCAUUUAUCUCUCACUCUCUUGAAGAGUGGUGUCUGAUACAACAAAACUGGAGGAUUAUUUCUUCUUGCUCUUCUGAGUGAAUGUCAACAUCACUUUCUGGAGUUACUUGAUUACUUUGAACUUCACUAUUACAUAAUAAAAGUUUACAAUGAGAAUAUAAAGUAUUGUGAAAUAAAUGGAUUAGGUUUUAAAAUUUUAAUUAAAGAUACUUUUACAAAAU